AUGAUAGACAUUAUAAAUAACAAAGCUAGCAUCUCUGAAUCAAUCGUUAAUAUAUCAGAAGGAUUAGACAUUUUGCCAAGUAGAAACGAAAACGCAGUAUUAGAUAAUUUCUUUAUGCUAAACAAAUUUCCUUUAGAACGGGUUUACUUCGAUCUGAUACAUCAAGUGUUUAAUAAAUAUGACUUAGUUCUUUUUGACUGUCCUCUAGCUUUAGGACAAUCUGUAGCCGCUGCAACUCUUGUUUCAGAUAUUGUAAUUGCCCCAGUUACCCCUGAACAGUUUAGUUUAUCAGGACUUAGAAAUUCAGCAACUAAAGAAGAUAUAGAUUUAUUUACUAGAGAAAUGUUAAGUUUAAAUAAUCUUAAAAUUGAUGAUAAAUUUGAAGGAUAA